ACACCCACUCCCCCCCCGCUCGGCCAUGGUAAAGUCGACGAAUCCACCCUUCAAGUUCCAUCUCUGAAUUCCCACUCGUUUCUGCUUGUGAAUCACUAUCAUCCCCUUUUUUCCCGGAAUUUCUCUUUGUAUUCAUCUCUCCGUCCUUCGUCUCGUGACGUUUCUUCUGAUAUACAAUGAAGGCUCAGAAACCCAUCACCAGUCCCGUGCCGAUCUCGUGGUACCCGACGCUGUCCGUGUUGAUGCUCGCGAUCGGACUCGUCAUCGCGGCUUCGUUCUUCGUCUAUGAAGCAACCUCUUCUAGGCGAAAUCGUAGCCUAGCUAAGGAGCUUUUUACAGGAGCUGUGGCCUCCAUCUUCCUGGGUUUCGGGUCGUUGUUCUUACUCCUCUCUUGUGGCGUCUACGUCUGAUACAAAGCUCUGUAGCUUUUACGCAGCACGUAUUCUGCGUCAGAUGGGUGAUUUUCCCGAAGCGGACAAUUUAGCAUGAGUUCAUGAUUUGGAAUGAGGUCGUUGCUGUAGAAGAGGGAGAGCAUACUUAUUAAUAAUAACUCGUCUAUAUGCGGAUGGCUGUUAUCUAUCUUGGUUAAAUGUGCUUGGCGUAAAUUGCUUCGACCCGUUGAUUUUCAAUGUGCAGCCCCUUUAUUUGCUAA